CAAGCCCAGGUUCUGGCACGUUGACGUCUUCCGCCCGUACUUCGCGUCCCCCGCCGUCUCCGAGUCUUCGGACGUCCCCAUUGGCUGAGUCUCUAGUUCGCGUGACGGGGAAGAAAUGGGAUCAUGCGCCCCACGGAAUCUUCCAAGAUAAGUCAAUUAAUUGAUGGUCCUAAACCCGCAACGCGGAAGCGGGUUGCCUAACCGCCUUCCUAUUGGCCGGCCCUCGGCUCACGUGACCCCCCCGCGGGGACAGCGCCUCACUUCCGCCAGGCGGCGAUCCCUAGGGCCCGGAGCUCCGCAGACCUGCUCCGCGUCAUGGCCUCGUCCCAGAGUCGGCGGCGGAGGCCGGGGACCGUGGUGCCCGGGGAAGCGGCGGAGACCGACUCGGAGCUGUCUGCGUCCUCAUCGGAAGAGGAGGAGUUGUACCUGGGUCCCUCGGGCCCGAUGCGAGGCCGGCCCACGGGGCUGCGUGUGGCCGGGGAGGCGGCGGAGACCGACUCGGAGCCGGAGCCCGAGCCCACGGCCUUGCCGGGCGACCUGCCUCCGCUCGUGGUGCAGCGUGAGGUGCUGGAAACGUGGGGCUCCGAGGAGACCCCUGUCGCAGCGCCUCCGCGCUCGCUGCUGCAGCUCCGGCUGGCGGACAGCCAGACGCGCCUGGACCACGACGUGGCGGCGGCGGUGAGCGGCGUGUACCGCCGUGCUGGCCGCGAUGUGGCCGCCCUGGCCGGGAGGCUGGCGGCUGCCCAGGCCACCGGGCUGGCGGCCGCCCACAGCGUGCGCCUGGCGCGCGGGGAUCUCUGUGCGCUCGCAGAGCGCCUGGACAUCGUGGCUGGCUGUCGCCUGCUGCCGGACAUACGAGGGGUGCCGGGCAUCGAGCCGGAUGAAGACCCGGGACGGAGAGCCUAGGCUGACACCUAGUGCCUUCCCCCUGCCACCUGGUGCCACCCGUGGCAUCGGACUCUUUGAUCCUGGGUCACCAUGGCCUCCAAUGUAAUUGGUUUAUGCCGACAGGCACCGAGUCCUGGCUACGUCGUGGGUUUGGCCCGAUUAUAUUCUUAGCACAAUUCGGGGAUUCCUCAUCCUGAAGACUCCGUGGCUUAGCCUUCACCCCUUCACUCCUCCCUAACUCCAGCUUUCCUUUUAGACUGGGCUGGGCUUUGCUUGCUUUGGUGGACCAUCCCUGGGUUUAGGCUGGGGGUGGCGGUGGCGCCCUCCAGUUUACAUCCCGCAAAUCAUGACCGCCUUUGACCCAAGGAGACCUACGCCACAGAGCGCUGUGGCCUGGUGCAGAUCAAGCUAGGCCACAGUGGAGCCCAUCUGACCCCAUCGGGCGCUUGGUCCAGGCCAGCAACCCCUGGUAUUCCAGUCGCUGUAAGACAGGACCAAAUACAAACAGUGACUUUCUGGAUGCUUAAA